AUGGAGAUUUCUGUUCCCAAUCGUCUUGUCAAUCACUCUUUUUCUUCUUCCCCAUUAUCAUCUCAACCUCUGAAGACUGGGGUUAGGUUUUUACAGCCCAAUCUCAUCCCUACACGCCUUAACCGCUCCAAACCCUCUACUCCAAUUGGAAUCGGCGCUCAGAGAACAAUGAUCCCUAGUGCCUCGAACAAUGGCUCUCCAACUAUCUCUAAUUUAGUCGAUUCCGUGGGAGGAGGGAGAAUCGGAGAGGUCAAAAGGGUUACGAAAGAGACGAAUGUAUCGGUGAAGAUAGACUUGGAUGGUUCAGGUGUUGCUGAUAGCAGUACUGGAAUUCCUUUUCUUGAUCACAUGUUGGAUCAACUUGCUUCGCAUGGGUUGUUCAACGUGCAUGUAAAGGCUACUGGGGAUAUUCACAUUGAUGAUCAUCACACGAAUGAGGAUGUUGCCCUCGCCAUUGGAACGGCUUUGCUGCAAGCACUUGGUGAUAGGAAAGGAAUUAACCGGUUUGGUGACUUCUCCGCUCCCCUUGACGAAGCACUAAUACACGUUUCACUG